UUAUAGCUUUUUUAAAAUAGUACCUGUUUAUAUGCCUUUAAUAUGCCAAGACAGUACUUUGAAUAUGAGCCAUGACCCAUACCUUUUACAGCAAACACCUGUCAGUUUGAACUGGUUAUGGUUUCACACUUUGGUUGGUAAACCAGCUCUUGAAAACAUUCAAUGUCACAGAAUAAGUCUGAAUGUCACAGGUGGUUUCCACCACAGAUCGCAGCUCGUGGUGCUAAUAGUACACCUCUGGGAUUCUGAUUAUGAAUUCUACAGCUGUGUCUCUGAGCGUGGUGUGGCACAACACAACACUGUCCAGUGUGGAUGCUACAACUACUGAAAGUACUACAGAAGACUAUUCUGGCUACUAUGAUGGAGAUUUCGAUUCGUCUGCAUUGUCCUGCGUUUAUGGAGAAUAUGGAGCCAGCAUUCUUUCUGUGUUGUACUCCCUGUUUUUUGUGGUGGGCUUUCUGGGUAACGUACUGGUGAUCUGGGUGGUCUUGAUGGGUGUGAGGCUGAGAAGCAUGACUGACAUCUGUCUUCUGAACCUUGCUAUUGCUGACCUGUUCUUGGUCUCUUCUCUCCCCUUCUUGGCACACUAUGCCAGAAACCACUGGAUCUUUGGAGAUGUUAUGUGCACUAUAGUCCUUAGUGUCUACCACAUUGGAUUCUAUAGUGGGAUAUUCUUUAUUGUACUGAUGAGUGUUGAUCGGUACUUGGCUGUAGUUCAUGCUGUUUUUGCCCUGAGAGUCAGAACAAGGACAUACGGUAUUUUAGCCAGUAUGGUCAUAUGGAUUAUUUCAGUUUUGGCAUCCUUUCCUGAGUUAAUUCACCUUAAAACCACGGAAAAAGAUAAUGCAACUUAUUGUAGAUCUUAUCCAGCAAACGAUCAAAAUUCUAGUCAUUAUUCAAAGACUUUUGGUAUCAUUAAAAUGAAUAUCAUGGGUUUAAUUGUUCCGCUUUUUGUGAUUGGUUUUUGUUACUCAAUGAUUUUGAUGAGGCUCCUGACGGUUCGCUCUUCUAGGAGGCAGGCCAUGCGUCUCGUCAUUGCAGUGAUGGUCGUCUUCUUCUGCUGUUGGGCUCCAUACAAUAUUGUAGCUUUUGUGAAAGCCUUAGAGCUAAAUGACUUUAUAACUCAAUCUUGUGACAGAAGCAAGGCAAUCAAUCUAAGUCUGCAGAUCACAGAAGCUUUGGCUUAUUCACACAGCUGUGUGAAUCCUUUUCUUUAUGUAUUUGUGGGAGAGAAAUUUAGAAGGCAUCUUUUCAGACUCCUGCACAGAACACCCUUCAGUAGGCUGCAGUUCAUGAAGAGUUACAUCAUACAGGCCACAGGAUCUGUUUACUCACAGACCACUAGUGUGGAUGAGAGAUCAACUACAGCUGUUUGAAUAAAGUGUUACUGAGAAUAGAGAAUACAGACAGAAAUAAGUCAAUAAAUAAAUGAAUAUAGGGUUUACUUGCAUAGUGAAAAAAACCCUAAUGCAUCUACUGACAAACAUUUUUCCACCGCCACCCGAAAAAAAUGUAUAGAAAUGAAUGCAGUUUGUAUAUAAGCAGUUCGAGUGGAAGAUUCAUUGGAAAGUUGCAAGUACACAAGGCCAAGUUUUGAACAACUGGACUGUUAAAAUUAAAAACGCAGAUCAUACAAUGUAAUUCACAGGCCUUGUAGUGUUAUUUGUGCAUAUAUCUGUAAAUGUUUGUAAUUAUUUUUUAUUUAAUGUUUUUCAGAAUUGUUGUUUUUCUAGUAACCAGUAACUGUUUUUUGUAUUAAUGUAUGAAUAUACGUGAAUAUACAUCAGUUUGCACUGUUACAGAAUUUUUGUGUUUACUUUUUUGUUUAUAUUUUGUUUUAAUGCAUGGCUUCAAUAAAAUGCAUGUGACUGUGUG